AAAAACUUCUUUCUUCCCCUUGUCCAUUGCGCGAACGUCGUCGUCAUCGUCCACCAUGUCGUCCAGCUCGUUCUCUGACCAGGCCAGCUCCUCUUCCUCGUCGCCCUCGGCGGCGGACACGUUGAGGACAGCCAGCUUCGCAAGGCGGGAUGGCCCAGAGGCUGACGGUGCAGUCACUGCGUCCGACCUGCUCAAUGCUGCAUACGACCCGACCCGGUUGCAUCCCAUGGCCGAGCUGGGCGACAAAUUGGACUAUCUGCUAUUAGAAGAUGACAAGGUGACGGACCUUCCGGGUGCAGGCACCGCCAUUCCAUCCCGCGGCUGGAGUGACGACCUCUGCUACGGCACCGGGACGAUGUAUCUUGGCGGUCUGACGCUCGGUGGGAUAUGGGGUGUGCGCGAGGGUGCCCGCCGCCCUCUCGCAGUUUCAAACGCGCGCCUGCGGAUCAACAGCAUCCUGAAUUCCGUGACGAGACGAGGGACCUUCAUUGGCAACUCAGCGGGUGUUCUCGCACUCCUCUACAAUGGGGUCAACUCGGCUAUAGAUGGCAUCCGCGGCAAGCACGACCCCCUAGGCAGCAUGGCAGCUGGCGCCAUUACUGGUGGCCUGUUCAAGUGCACAGCUGGCCUGAAGCCCACUAUCGUUGCCGCCACCGUCGUUUCUGGAGCCGCCGGUGUCUGGAGUUUUGUCAAGACCCGCCUUUAAUCACUCAUAGUAUACUGCCGUCAUCGCUAAUAUUACCACCCCUUACUUGGAACCACACACGAGCCGGGAAUGUGCUGUCUGCGACCCAUGGAACGGCGAUUGACAACUGAUAUUCCAAUCGGAGAAGCAUCUGCCAUCGGCACCUCAGACGUACGCUUUAUUGAAUCGACGAUUCUCGAGCCCAUCUGCAUCUCAUUUGUUGCCGUGCGUACCCCUUGCUCCGGACUUUUACCUGCCAGCGGAAUAUAUAUAUGGUCGGUAUCAUCCCACAGAAGCCUCUCGCUAGCUCGUGCACCCAACAUGCCAUCGGACGGCGACCAUGCUGAUGGCUUGAUUUGUACAGCGAUUUGCAUCGCUAGACCCUCCCCGCCGCAGCAUGUAUCGCU